AAACCAUUACUCUUUAUAUUUAAGUCUGCCUCUCCCUAUUUUCCCUUUCCUCCUCCCUAGCUAACUCUAGUCACCUCUCUCCUCUUUCUCUUAGUUUCUUUGUGUUAUUUCAUGAGUAGAAUAGAUAUUUAUACCAGUAUAAGUUGUUAAAUAAAACUUUUUGAAGGAAAUUUAGGGGAUUCUUUUAUCGGUCAGCAAUGGUGGAUAUACAGACGGUAUGCUGCAUGUGCGGUGAUGUGGGUUUCCCUGACAAGCUUUUCCGCUGCAACAAAUGCCGCCACCGCUUCCAACACUCGUACUGCAGUAACUACUACAGCGAAUACGCUGAGGCGACGGAAGUGUGCGAUUGGUGCCAAAGUGAAGCGAAAAGCACAAGAUAUGGUGGUUCUUCUAAAAAGUCGACGGUGGCUACGGCCACAACGGCAAACGAAUCGAGAGUUUCAAGCAGGUCCGAGUACAACGGGGAUAAAAUCAAGCAACACGACCGCGAUGAUAGCGCCGGAAGGAGCACUAGUGGUGCUCCGUCACCAAGACCAGCCACUCGCAGGUACAAGCUUCUCAAGGAUGUUAUGUGUUAAAAGAUUAUAUUUAGUUGUAGCUAGAAAUAUUAUUAAUCUAAUUAUAUAGUAGGAGUUUCCUUAAUUCUAUAUUUGAGUGCUUAAUAUUUUUCCUUCUUUUGUUCUCGUUUCUUUUUAUGGGUGUCUAAUGUCUAUCCAUCUACCUAAUGGAAUUUCACUUUUCUCAGUAAAUUGUUUACAAAUAAUGUAAUUUACGCGUGUUUUGUUUACCCAGAUUAUAAAUAGCAGGAUAAUGAUCAGGCUCUAUAUAUAUUGAUCCCCCUUUUUUCGCAACAAUUAAAUAUAAGAGAAAAGUAUUAUUAUUUA